AUGUCGCAGAACGUCGAAAUUGAAUCAGCAGAUGUCAUCCGGCUUAUUCUUCAAUUCCUCGCGGAGAGCAAUCUCCCCAGAACUGUACAGAUGUUACAGGAAGAGAGCGGGGUUUGUUUGAAUUCAGUUGAGAGUGUCGAUAAAUUUGUGCGAGAUGUGCAUCACGGCCGUUGGGAUGAAGUAUUAAGAGUAACAGCAACAACAAGUUUAUCAGAAGAGACGCAGCAGCAGCUGUAUGAGCAGGUGUUCUAUGAAAUGCUAGAACUAAGAGAGACAGAGUUAGCGAGGCUGCUGCUGAGAGAAACAGCAGUGCUGCAGCAGCUUCGUCAGCAAAACCCUGAGCAUUUUAAACGAUUAGAUACGCUGGCCAACCCUCUUGCUCUGGGCCUUGACUGUGUCCCUUCUUCGCGGCUUCUUUCUUUAAUCGGCAUGGCGUUGAAUUAUCAAAAGCAUAAAGGCAUAUUACCUCCAACGUCAGAGUUUAAUCUUUAUUCAAAUGCAACAAGAAGGCCGAAGGAAGCAAAAGAGCUUUACCCUCAAGAUGUCGCUAAAAGCAUUCGCUUCACGAACAAGAGUCACCCCGAGUGCGCAGCGUUUUCGCCCGACGGUCGAUAUUUAGCUAGCGGCUCCAUCGAUGGUUUUAUUGAAAUUUGGGAUUGGCAGCUGGGCGCUCUAAACAAAGAUCUGAAGUAUCAAAGAGAGGGUUUGAGGGAGAAGGGCUCCUUAGCCACCGUCUCUGAAGAUGCAAGAGAAGGAAGUCAAACAGGACAGCUGAAGGUUUGGUUGGUGGCGACGGGGCAAUGCAUUAAAAAAAUAGACAAGGCUCAUGAUGCAGCCAUUGCCUCCAUUACGUUUAGCAAAGACAACACCCACAUCCUCACGGGCUCCUUCGAUACCACUGCGAGGAUCCACGGAUUAAAGGCUGGGAAGCCUUUGAAGGAGUGCCGUAUUUGGGGUUAUCUAGGGAUCCACGGUUUAAAGGCUGGGAAGACUUUGAAGGAGUUUCGAGGUCAUUUGACGUUUGUUAACUGCGCGCUGUAUUUACCGGAUAAUACCCGUAUCAUUACAGGGAGUGCGGACGGUAAAAUAAAGAUAUGGGAUUCUAAAACUCAAGAUUGUCUGCAGACAUUUACACCUCCUGUACCGGCGCACAUGCAGACAGCUCAGUGCUUACCCUCUGUUAUGUCUAUUAUUUUAGCUCCUCGAGUAAGGGUUUUCAUCAACAGGGAACGUGGGUGCGGAUUUGAUGUACGUCUGCACGAAGAGUAA